UGCCUUGGCCGGCCCAGCUGUUUGAUCUGGCCACUGAAUGAACCAAACUUUUGUCCACUUCCCUUCCACUUCACAGACUAGCCCUUAUGCUGACUCUGAAGUAUUAAUUAUAGUUUGGGACUGUCUCUCUGACUUUCUGGACCAGAAAGAGGUCUCUGCUUCUUCCACAGAUCCACUUAGGAUAUAGUAUAGUAUGCAGUCUGUCCUGCGCUGAAGUGCCUCGGUGAGAGCUCCCCAUCUCAGCCUGCAGAGCUCAUCUGGAUUUAGAAAGAUCUGCUGGCAAGGUGCCCAUCCUGUGCAGAGGAGCUUGGUGAGCAGCAGCCAUGCCGCCUGCCACUGGAGGACCCCAGGGGUACACCCCUCCAGAGGGGGGCUGGGGCUGGGCGGUGGUGGUGGGAGCCUUCAUCUCCAUCGGCUUCUCCUUUGCCUUUCCCAAGUCCAUCACUGUCUUCUUCAAGGAGAUCGAGGUCAUCUUCGACUGCUCCAGCAGCCAGGUAUCCUGGAUCUCCUCCAUCAUGCUGGCAGUCAUGUACGCUGGAGGUCCUAUCAGCAGUAUCCUGGUUAAUAAGUAUGGGAGUCGUCCAGUCAUGAUGUGUGGAGGAUUACUGUCUGGGUGUGGACUGAUAUCUGCCUCCUUCUGUAACUCAGUGGAAGGACUGUACUUCUGUGUGGGAGUGGUCGGAGGCUUGGGACUGGCAUUCAAUCUGAACCCAGCCCUUACUAUGAUUGGGAAGUACUUCUACCAUAAGCGGCCCAUCGCCAAUGGAAUCGCCAUGGCAGGCAGCCCGGUGUUCCUGUCCACCCUGGCCCCUCUCAACAGUUGGUUAUUUGACCAGUUUGGCUGGAGGGGCAGCUUCCUGAUCCUGGGAGGCCUGCUGUUCAACUGCUGCGUGGCUGGCUCUCUCAUGAGACCCAUCAAAACCAAAACACAGUCUUCCUUGAAAAGUGAAGAUGUUGCCAAAGAGAGUAUGACAUGUGGGCAGAAGUGCAACACUUUUAUUGACCUCUCGCUGUUCAAACACCGGGGCUUUGUGCUCUACCUCAUGGGUAACGUCAUCAUGUUCUUUGGUCUCUUCUCCCCACUGGUGUUCCUUAGUAACUUCGCCAAGAGCAGGGACAUCCCCAAAGAGAAGGCAGCCUUCCUGCUGUCUGUUCUGGCCUUUGUGGACAUGGUGGCCCGGCCCUCCAUGGGCAUUGUGGCCAAUACCAAGUGGAUACGACCCAGGGUGCAGUACUUCUUUGCCUGCUCUGUGCUAUUGAAUGGCGUGUGCCACAUCCUGGCCCCCAUCUCCGAGGACUACACAGGCUUUGUUAUCUAUGCCAUUUUCUUUGGCUUUGCCUUCGGCUGGCUGAGUGCGGUGCUGUUUGAGACACUCAUGGACCUGGUGGGAACCCAGCGCUUCUCCAGUGCAGUGGGACUGGUCACCAUCGUGGAGUGUGGGCCUGUCUUGUUAGGACCCCCUUUGCUAGGUAAAUUCAAAGACAUUUACAACGACUACCAAUACACCUACCAGAGCUGUGGGGUGAUCCUCAUUAUUGCCAGUGUGUUCCUGUUCGUGGGGAUGGGUAUCAACUAUCGGUUGUUGCACAAAGAGAAAAGGGAGGAGGAAAGGAAGGCUGAUCUGGAGGAAAAAGAAGAAGAGUCCAACAAGGACAAUGCUGCCAAAGAAGCCAGCAACGACAGGUUGAGAGCAUUUGAUGAGGCAAAAACUGCGGAAGACACAGUCUAACUCUCAUUACCAUGUGAAUGUGUGAAUUUGAUGUCAUCGCAAUACAGUCAAUUAAGAUAAUGUAGACAUCAAAUUCAGUCAGUUCAAGUCCUUGCCAUCUAGCAGAUUUCAUGUAAAGAUAAUUCUCAGCCCCAUUUCCUCUUCUGUCAUUGAAUAAUGUAUUAUUAGUAUAAUAUGACUGGAGCAAGAUACACUUGUGUAUGAUAUAGGCAUGCAAUCUCUACUGACAUGUACUGCCGCCCUGCAAAAAUAUACUCUAUGUUAUCAAUCUGGACUCCAGAUGGUCCAUUUAUCAGUGUUGUGAUAUAUUUUUUGAAUAUUAUUAGAUACAGGACAUUUGUUUAUACUGUGUUUGGAAUUUCAUAAAUGCACUUUAUAUAACUGCAAUUUAUUAUUCAGUGAAAAAAUGGAACUGCUAUAACUUUUAGAACCUUUAAUAAAUCACUAUAACAUUUUGUUCACACUAUCAUGUCAGGUUUCUUUCUCUCUGAAAGCAUUUCUAGAAACCUGUUCUUAAAGUAACACUGUUAGUGAGUUACAUGAAUAGUCAGGUGUCAUCUCUUGAUGUGACAUGUAUUCCCAAUUUUAUUCAAUACAACUUAACAACAAUUA